ACAACAGAUGCUUUUACUUAAGUGAUUAAAUCAGUCACCACUGAUUAUAUUUGGAGUUGAUGGAUUAAACAAAUACUUAAAAUCAAUCAAGCCUUUCAGUACCAAUUCAAAUAAGUAGCCUAAUUCAGAGGAUUGUUAUUAUAAGCUUAAUGUCAAAGUACAGACAUAAAAAUACAAUCUCUUUCAGGUUUGUUGGGCUUGGUAGAAUAAUAAUAGGAUUGAAAUCAAUAUGCAAUAUUAAUAAAAAUAUUUUUGGUGCCUACUAUGACUACGUAUGUCAUCCAAUAUGACAGUUGAGUGCAAAGUCAGUUUUUUGUCUACAUGUAAAAAACAGUCACUUUCUGUCUGUUUAGAGUUUGGCUUGCUUUGUCUUACACUAUGAUGUUGUUUCUCAACUGCUCUGCUUGACUUUUUGUUUAUUUAUUGGCUUUGCUGCCUUGUCUAUGUUGCCCGUCAGCAUCACAGACCUCCAGACAGAGCUUAGUUUGGUGAGUGAAGAGAGAGACAAGCUCACACAGGAGCUGAAAAGAACCCCGGAGCUCAUCAAGAAAGCUCUGGCGGAUCUGAAAGAACAGUAUGAAUGCAAACUGAGGCAGCAGCAGCAGGAGCUGGAGCAGAGAUCGGAGAAGGUUCGGCUGGCUGUGGCUGGCAGAGAGGAAGCAGAGCAGAGCCUGCAGCAGGUCCAGGCCCAGCUGGAGGAGAGCAAGGUCACCCUGGAAACACUCCACUCUGAGCUGAGCAUCCAGCAGGAGCACAGUGGGCGGGCCCUGCAGGAGAUUGAGGGCCGCUGUGCUGAGAAGUUGAGAGAGAUGGAGGUUCAAGUCAAUAUGGCCAGGAGAGAGCACACCAAAGCAGUUAUGACUUUGCGUCAGUUUGAGAGGGAGGCAGCUAGGAAACAACUGAAGGAGAUGAAGGAGGACAAAAACCUGCUGGCUUCUGUUGCUGAGCAAGGGCUGAUCAGUGAGUAUGCAAGAGUUCCCACAACAUCUCUACAAAACUCUGCUGCUCCCAGAGAAAAACAACAAAAACCUUCAGAGAGGAGUUGCUCUGUGGGAGUGAAAGUCCAGCUACCUGCAGGUGAGAGACUCCUGUCUGUGUUGGAGGAGCUUCAAACUCUCAGCGCUGCAGUGGUAAACAGCUCUGAGGACUCUGCGGAGGAGGAGGGGCAGAGUGACAGCGCCGGGCCACCCACAGACAGUCUGCACAGCUGAUACCUGAUGAGUCACUAGAGGCAGGGAACAUACCUUUAAAUUGUAUAAAAGUUGGGCAGUAGCCAAUAAAUCACAGUCAGUGGUAGGCUGUUUGAGCAAAGCAUCAGAAAACCAUGCAUCUCCCAAAGCUGCUAGGUGUAUUAGAGGAAUAAUAGCUCUCUAGUGCAGGCAUGGUAUGCUUAAAUGCAACACAAAUAUAAAUUCAAGUGUAUAAAAUCCCUCAGUAUAUCUUCUGCAUCUGUCUCAAGGAUGACUUUUAGUUACAGAGGAUACUAGAAAUGCUUGAUGAACAAAAGGGCAGUUACUCAGUCUACAUAUCUGGGAAAUCUACACAAGCAUUCCUCUAAUGUUGAAUGAGCGAUUUAGAUGUUUAUGUGAAUAUCUGUAGUAACUAUAAUAAAGUAUUUUUUUUAUUGUAGAUUAUGUGGUGUUUAAUAGUAUUUUUGGAAAGAUUGCUGAAUUCAUGAUUUCUCUUAUUCACUACUAGUUGCCUGUAGUGUGGUCUAAACCCACACAAAGAAGAGUAAGCUUUAGUUUUACAAUAUUUUAGAGUCAGCUGAGGAAGUUAUAUUUGUAAAGCAGGCUUUAAUGUGAUUUGUGCAAUUGCCCUGUUUAUCUUUAUAUAGCACAUGAACAGUUGAGGUGUAUAUGAUUUCAUAUCGAAAAAAAAUCAAUAUUUUCUAUUUGAAGUUUCUUUUAUGGAGGCCAGUUUUAAAAUGACUUUGCAAUCAUUGUAUGGAAGGCAAUAAACAUCAUGAUGAACCA